AUGUCUAACCCAUUCGAUUUGCUAGGCAACGACAUCGAGGACCCCUCCGCGGCGGCUCCGCUACCUCCAAAGGAGCUUGUCAAGAAGACCACGUCGUCCAAGAAGGCCGAUGUGCCUCCUCCAUCUGCUGACCCAUCCAGAGCCAACAAGAACAGACCAAAGCCAACCGGCAACGAAGCUGCUUUCAAAGACAAGAACGGCGGCAGAAAGAACAACAGAUCUAGAGGCGCUCCUGCAGACACCACCAACUCCAAGAGAAGCACCCACGCUGCCAGAAGAUCUUCCGACCGUCAAAACAGAACCGGUAAGGUCGACACUGACAAGAGAGUCAGACAAGGCUGGGGUGACAACAAAAACGAGGUUACCGAAGAGGCUGCCGCUGAAGUGGACGCCCAGGCUGAAAUCGAAGCUGACAAGGCCAACGAGGACGCCCCAGUUUCCAACAAGAAGUCUUUGCAAGACUACUUGGAGGAAACCAACAACCAAGGUCUAAACAAGAGCCCAGUCUCCAAGAAGACCGUCGACCAAUUGGAAGACGCCGAGUUGUUGGUCAAGAAGGAAGAAGUGUACGCUGAACCAACCAAGGUCAAGAACUUGAAGUCCAAGCAAUUCAAGUCCAAGCAGUACGUUGACUUUGACGUUAACUUCGCCGACACCUCUGCCUCCACCAAGCCAAGAAAGGUUGACAACAACAGAGGUUCUGGCCCAAGACGUGGUGGCAAGCCAAAGACCACCAAGCCUCAAGGUGAGCAGAAGCCUGCUGUCAACGCCAAGAACUUCCCUUCUUUGGCCUAA